AUGUUUCUUAUGUCAUCUGGAACAUUAAGACCAUCGGCAAUCGAGCUUGUUAGGCCACCUGGCAAUGGGAAACCUCAAUGGAAGCGAGUAUUCACUCCAUGUUGGGAUGCAACAGGUGAUUGGCUAUGGAAGCUUGCUAAAGGGCAUGCUCUUGUUCAUGAUAGUGGUUACCAUCAACUAGUAAGUCACUGGAUCUUCACAUGGAAUCUUCACUCAGGCGAUGGUCGUCCUGUUUGGGAUGUAUCCUGCAAAGUCAUAUUGCCCGAAGUUGACCGCUGCAUGGUGACCGGAAGCUACCCAGUUGUUGUCAAAAUUCCGAUUAAAUAUUUUGGUGUUUUGGAGAAGAGGCCACUAUGGUUCGUCUUUUUUGUCUGCGUGCCCGACUGUUCUAAUCUCUGUCCACCAUGCUUGAAGCUCUGA